GUUGUUCUUGUGGGAAACCGGACGAUAGGUUCUUCAAGAUGAAGCUGUUUAUUCUUGUUGCUCUCGUUGCUGCGGCUUCAGCCGUACGAUAUGAUGGAUACCAGGCUCUUCGUGUGGAGCCACGGGAUGACCUUCAGCUUGACUUCCUCAACUCAUUGCAAAAGGAACUAGAAGGAAAGAUAUCUUUCUGGUCUCAACCCCUGACCACCAAGCGGCCGACCGACAUCGUGGUCCAACCUCGUUUCCAAGAUGACCUCAAGGAAAUCCUGGAUGCCAAACAGAUCAAGUACUCUGUCAUGAUCGAUGAUGUCCAGACCUUGAUCGACUCCCAGUCCCGCUCCGACGAUGAUGUCAAGAUCAGUGCGGAUUUCGACUACAGUGUCUACCACACAUACGAAGAGAUCCAAGCUUGGGUAUUUGAGAUCACUGCCGCACACAGCGCCAUUGCUCAACAAUUCCAGAUCGCUACGUCUUCUGAAGGCCGUCCUAUCAAUGCUGUAAAGAUAAUGACUGGAGGUGUUGGUACAAAGAAGGCCGUCUACUGGCAGGGAGGUAUCCACGCUCGUGAGUGGGUUUCGCCAGCUACUGUCAUGUUCAUUACUAAGUCUCUGCUUGAGAACUACGGUGUUGACAGCGAUGUGACUGAGAUCCUAGACAAAUUCGAUUACUACAUCGUGCCCUCGCUCAACGUCGAUGGAUAUUCUUAUACAUGGACUAUGGACCGUUUGUGGAGAAAGACUCGAUCAAUUAACAGCGGUAGCGUUUGCCGAGGAGUAGAUCCUAACAGAAACUAUGAGUAUGAAUGGGGAGGCGAGGGUGCCAGCACCAGUGCCUGCUCAGACACGUACCGAGGCCCUACAGCUUUCUCUGAACCCGAGAUCGCUGGAUCCUCCUCUUUCCUUCUGAACGCUAACCAGGAGUUCGUGUGCUACAUCGACUUCCAUAGUUACUCUCAGCUCUGGCUUGCUCCCUGGUCAUACACGGCCAGAGCUCGCCUUCCAAAUGACAUGGAUGAUCACGAUGAGGCUGCAGCCAAGGCUGUGAAUGCUCUACAGAGUGUGUAUGGUACCGAAUAUAUCUAUGGACCGUCUGCUAGGACACUCUACGCCGCCUCUGGAUGUAGUGAAGAUUGGGGCUACGCCACUCUGGGGGCCAAGUACUCGUACGUGGUGGAGCUGAGGGAUACAGGAAGGUACGGCUUCCUGCUCCCUGCUAACCAGAUCAUCCCGACUGGUCAGGAGACAUAUGAAGCAGUCAAGGCACUCUGCAAACAUAUGGCGGACGAAUACUAGUAGAUCAUUCAGCGACCAUUGCUCACAAUAUUCAAAAACACUUAUCUGGACUGUAGCAAUCUUGUAUGAAACGGAUCAUAGAUUAAAAUAGAUGUCAUAAAAAUUUACCCUCUCUCUCUCUCUCUCUUUCUCUCUCUCACUCUCUCUGCACUGUAUAAUUUAAUGUCGUCUUAUGAAGGAAUUAUUUCGAUGCCUCUACCGCAUAUGACGUUUCCUUGGAGUUUAUUGAAUGGAUCGGUCUAACAUUGGCAUGAAAUAAUCAUAUCAUCAUUUAUUCUUAGUUCAAACAUAGGACGUACUAAUUAUACCCAGUUGUGUAUAUGUAAAUGUAUAUGAUUGUUAACGGAAAAAAGAAAGAAAUAUAUUUGAAAU